CGCAGUCGAGGGAGUCAUAAAGACGACGCCCAGUAAUGACGUCAGGUGUUUAUACAGUUAGUAAAGGCACAAGGCACAACAAGUGUUGGAAGUCUGUUGCCUGAUCUGUCUUUAAAAUAAAAAAAAACAUAAAUUUCAUAUCAACAUGGUGCACUCUCCAAAAUUUAUAUUUUUCAUUUCCGUGCUAACAGCAUAUUUUUUUUUUGAAACGGAAGCUGUUCGUUGUUACCAAUGCAGUAGCGAUACAGAUCCUAAAAGAGAAGAUUUGUGCGGUGCCUAUGAACACUUUGAUAGAAACAAGCAUAUUCCAAUCGAUUGCAACGAUGAGGAAUCCAAAAUGCCUGGGUCUUUUUGCGUUAAAGAAGUACGACAAGGUCCUAAGGGAUUUAUUUGGGAUGGAAGAUUCAGACAAGUAGUCCGACGAUGUGCAUCAGUUGCAGAAACCGGAGUUACAGGUGUUUGUAAUUGGGGUGUCGACGAAAACGGAGUUUAUUGGCAGCGAUGUUAUUGUUCAGAUGAUUCGUGUAAUGGUGCAACAACUCUAUCGUCAUCUUUAACAAUAGCCAUUGUAAUAUCAACUUUUAUUACAAUUUACUUUAUAAGAUAAGUUAAUAACUUAAAUUCAAGUAGACAUAUAUUUCUAUAGAAAUAUAUUAACAAAAAAAAAGUAGGAUACUCGUAACGAUCAAUAAAAGUGUUCAUAGUAUCUUAUUAUUAUAUCGUCUAUUCUUAAAGGACAAUAUAAGAUUUUAAAUAUAUGAAUAAAAAGAUGGAAAGACGAUUAUUAAACUCGCCAAGUAUUUCAAAAUAAUAAAAACUGAAAUUGAAAGAGGAUAUUCCGUCUGUAUGAAAAAGUUCAGCGACAUGCUUGAAUUACUCUUACACGACUGCUUUCAAGCUGACAAUAAAUCUCUAAGCCAUUGAACAUUUUAAUAAUUUAUACAAUCACUUUUUUUUAUUAUUAUUUUAAUCUAUUUUACUUUACGUUGCUAUAAUCGUCUUUCUGUCAUUAAUGAAUCUUAAAUUUUUAAAAUCUUAAUAUUAAAUGUAAAUACUAGAUUUAAUCACUCCGUCCAUUACUUAGUCGUAUUUUAUACAAUAUAUUUAAAUUGAGAUUUACAAAUAUUAAAUCCGUCCGUUUUUUUUUCUUUA